CGUGCAGAGCAGCGAAAGCGCUUCUUCCUCCCCGUGUGCGCGUCCGUGUGUGUUUGUGCGGGAUUCCUCGGUGGAGCAGGGUGCAAGGAAAAGUUCCGGAACUGACCGCCCGACCCUCGGCAGCUCUCUCACGCGACGCGAUUUGGAAGAGGAAGAAGGGAGAGGGUGCGAGCUGUCACAUUUCGGCAAAAUAAAACAAAAGCCUGCUGCGUGCGGGUGUGCGUGCAAGCGAUCGUUGCGUCGGGGCCUGCUGCGAUCGGUUCGCUCCUAUUGUUCUGUUGUUCGGGACGUUUUUUUUUUCUCUCGUUGCCGGUGCCGUUCUUGCGAGAGUUCGCGUUCGGAUUAUUAAUGAAGGAUGAUGGAAAAAAGUGUGAAACGCUGGUGGAAUAAAUUUUCGUCGGUUUAUUUUUUAGUUCACGACCACUAGGCUGAAGCCUCCGGUUGACACACGGGUAAAUAUUUGAGAUAUUUGAGACGGGGUUUGUGUGCUUUUUUCGGCGACGGUCAAGGUGUGCUCAUAAAUCAGGUGUGCGAAAGAGGUUCCACAUUCCGGAAGAAGGUGCAAACGUUAUUCACACGUUAUUCAUUGAAGGAAUGUUACCCCAGUCGACGACGACGACGACAACGAGCUAAAAAAUAAUGGAAAAAGUGUUUCCGGUGCUGCUGGAAGCAAAGUGCUACAUUCCCCCUUUCCUCCGUUUCCGGCGUCCCCACCACUAAUCCAAGCCAUAGUCCUGUUGCACGCUCUAUCCCCCACCCUCAAACAACACUACCACCACUACAAGUUCCACGGAAGAAACAAAAACAACCGCAACACAUUCAAAAGCGACGCUUCAAGUGGAGAAAAAGCGCGCCAAGAAGAAAACACGGGACUCUUAAUUGUCCCAUUGUGUACGUGUGUGUGUGUGUGUGUGUGUGCGCGCUAGUGUACGUGUGUUCAACUGAGCUUUAGAGCUCCUCAAAUAGAAUAAUAAUCCUAGUAGGCGUUGCGCGCCGCAAGAAGUGAACGAAACGAAAGAAAACUACGAAGACGACGACGACGAAGCAGGCCGAGCGAAAUCAUCAAAGCAACCCACCGUCGCGCGACACACAACCACGCGCCGACACGCAUACAAAUUACACUCUAAUUUCGAAAGCACCCCUUUCACUCGCAGCAGGUGUGUGUGUUUGUGCGUUCGUGCGGCACAACUUGCACUCACAAAAAUGGAUAAAAUUUGGAUAACGUUCGUGCUGCUGAUCAUCGCACUAAUCUACGUGAAAACAAACGGACAAUCAGUACUGGACGUGCAACUUUCCGUGAAAAAAUACGUCGAACGGGGCAGCGAAGUAGGCCUGUACUGCGAGAACAACGCGGCGCCCGACAUCCUGUACAAGGUAACGUUCCUGAAGGGUGACGGUAAAAUAUUCGAGUACAUCAAGGGUCGGAACCCGCCCUACCGGAACUACUCGAUCCCGGGCGCCGAGAUAGAUUGGAAAAAGGUGACCCCCUCCCGGUUGAUGCUGAAAAACGUCGACUACGAGGCGUCCGGCUCGUACUACUGCGAGGUGUCCACCGACACGCCCAUCUUCACGAAGGCCUCCAACGACGAGCCGAUGCACGUGAUGCUUCCCCAGAAGGGACCACCCUCGAUCGAGUUCGCCAAGAACCAGCUCUACUACGGGGACAUGCUGGUGGCCAACUGCACGACGAGCAGGGCUCGGCCGGCGCCCCACAUCACCUGGCUAAUUAAUGGAAAACAGGUGGACGAGUCGCACGUUCGGCAGCUUCACCACAGCUCCAAGAACAGCCACCGAUCGCAGCAGUCCAAGUCGGCGCAGUUGGCGCUGUCACCGCAGACGGCGCCCUCGUACGUGUCGCAGUCGCAGUCCGUGUACCAUGGGCGGGUCAUCCCGAGCGCGGCGGCUGGAGUUAACAAUGGUGGCGGAAUCGGUGGUGGAGGAGUUGGAGGAGGAGGUGGAAACGGAGGUUCCGGUGGACACAGUCUGAAGGAGCUCAAGGCGAAGGCGCGAGCCGUCGACGACGAGUUGAAGGCCGCGAAGGCGGCGGCGGCCGCCGGUGGCCAGUACGGCGGCGGCGGCGGGUUCCAGAUCCAGCCCAACAUCGGGUACAACAGCUUCGACGGGGGUUACGGCUUCGGCAUGAAGAUGCACCACCGGGAGCGUAGCGGGGGCGUCAACGGGGCGGGCUCCAACAUUGGGGUGUUCAACAUCGGGGGCGACCGGAUGGGCGACGAGGCCGACGAGGACGAGGAGAGUGAGAAAAAGACUUUCUGGCAGCACGGCGGAGGAGCGGGUGGUGGUGGUGGUGCCAGUGGCAGCAGCGGAAAGGGGGACAACUAUCACAACUAUUAUGACAAUAAUGGCAAGCAGCAGCAGUCGCAGUCGCACUUUGACAACUUUUACCGGAAGCAUCGCAACUCGUACGAGCACAAAUUCCGACGGCACGUGAACGACGCAACGAGCGGAACUGGCAACACUGGCGGUGGCCCGAUGGAGCCCCGGAAGGUGCACCGGGUGUCGGCCAGCUACAGCCAGCUGUCGAUCCGGAUCACGGAGGCGCUCACGAACAAUCUGGGCCGGAUAGAGAUCACCUGCCUGGCGACGAUUCCGGCCCACGUGGAGCCGGGCGCCGAGUACGCGGACUACAAGACGUCGCUGAUUAAGCUCGACAUCGAGCAGAACGACCUGACGUCGCCGGAACCGUCGACGGGUUCGCUGGCGCACGCCAAAUCGGACGCCGUGCAGACGUCCAACUUCCAGGCGCCGGCGUCCGGCAUCUGCCGGAACCUGCUCGCAGUGCAGUGCGGGAUCGUGCUGCUGCUGUUGCUGUACCAGCGCCGGUCGGCGGCCGGCUGGUUCCUCGUGACGUCACUGUCGUAAUUUGGCAGCGGCCCCUCGGCGCGCUUCCUCCAGGGUGCCCCGCCUACGCCUACUACGAUUAAGAGAGAGAGAAACAGAGCUAAUUCUAGUGUUUUAGAAAAAAGUGGGAAAAUUGAUGUUUUUCGCGUGGUGUUUUUUUUUUUUUCUUGUCUCUCCACAAAAUGGUGCAGCUAAACGUGCGGUAUUUCCGGGCGGCGACAACACAGUAGGCGGGGUACUGGGCGGGGAAGGCGCGACCCUGAAGCACAAGGCGACGAGAUUUAGCAGCCGUCGGAAACAAUAAGAAAUCCCAAUCUUGUACAGAGCCAAAGAAUCCCGUGUACAGAACGUGAAGCAACUUCACGAGAAAGGUUAGUUUUGUUUGAACAAAUUAUUUUCAAAAAAAAAACAAGCGCAAAUGAUUUCCGCCAACACUGAUUUUCGAACUACUGUCGCUACUUCACACAAACAGACGAACUCACUUAAACUAAAACGCUCGCGCGCGCUAACAAACAAUAGAAGUCAUUCAACCAAAACAAAACAAACACACGCUACUAAUUGUAACAUAAACGGUACCGUAAGUUUAGGGUAAGCAAAACAAAAAAAACUGACGGGAGCGAUCCCGAAAACUAAAAACAAUAACAUUGGAACAGUUGAACGUCAAAGAAAUGUCAAAAGUGUAAACAAAAAAAAAAGGGUUGAACGCGUGUGAGUGCGAACGAAGGAAUGAGUGAGUACGCGUUUAGCGUGUACGCAAACGCCAAAUUUUUGACAGCUGUCAAAAACACGCGCGUGCACGCUGAGCUGAGAUAAACGUAAAUGGUGACAAUUCAUUUUUUUCGCUAGAGGAAAGUUACGCGCAGACUAAAAAGUAAUCAUAAGCUAAAGAAAAACAGAUCGAAUUACUAAUCGAUGCGGAAAGUUUUUCCCGUUCAGAGUAGAUCUUUUUUAAAGGUUAGGGCGGAAUGUUCACGGCUCUCAAGUUGUUGUUGAACGGUUAGAUGUUACUUUUUCCAUCCGGAAAUGUCGGGAACACACUCAAGUUUAGAUUAAAGUUUGUGUUUUAUCCGUUGUGUUUAUGUCGAAAAGCUGUGAUUCGUUGGUGGUGGUGACGCUUUGUUUACGUUGGAGGAGGCGGCCCCAAUCAAAAGUUUAGAGACACGAGUUCGGGACACAAAAUGGAUUAAUUAGUUUGCUUUUCAUUAUCGAGGUCGGAAGUAGGCGGCGACGCCGCGUUGCCACGGCAACGUCUGAUGAGCUAAUUAAAACGCGUUUUUCCAAAAUGCAAACACCUUUUCGCGGUCGAUGUCAUUUUGACAGCUGCAAAAGGAAAAUGGCGCGCGGAGGAGCGCAAACAAAGCAAGCCAUUUUUUUCGUUGCACGUUUUUCGAGGGGGAGGUGAGAAUCAAAUUUAGAUUCGGCCGGAAUGGAAAAUUUUAUGUGUUUGGCGAAAAUCAACCCGGCCCGACGCCUCGUCGGCGGAAGGAAUUUAAUUUUGGACGAACGUGAUGAACCGGAAAAAAAGUCGCUUUUUUAUCUGUUUGUUUUUCCGCGAGCUCGUGCCGCCUCCGGGUUUGGGAACACUUCUUUAUUUUUUGUUAUUCGACCAAGAAAUUUCGUGUAGCUUAAGAUGUUGGCCAAAAGAAGAGUAGGGAUGUUGACCGAGGGGUUCACCACUAGUGAAAAUGUUAGUUCUUAACAAAUUUACUAAAAUUAAAAUUCAAUAAAGUUGUUUCAAAUAUCUGUUUAUCCACUUUUGCAAGAUGGCUCAAGAAAUGUCAAAUUGACAGCUGUCAAUUGACAUUUUGUCAAUUUUGUCA